AUGCAAGCUAGCCAACUAGUCAUCCUACUUUCAGCCGUUCAACAACGGGACCGUCUUGGACCGAGGAAUCCUAAACCGAUUUCAUCCAUCUUCUCUGAAUCGGAAGCAUGGAUAGAUGUUUCCAAUCAAACUUCAGCUAGCCAACUAGUCAUCCUACUUUCAGCCGUUCAACAACGGGACCGUCUUGGACCGAGGAAUCCUAAACCGAUUUCAUCCAUCUUCUCUGAAUCGGAAGCAUGGAUAGAUGUUUCCAAUCAAACUUCAGGAUCCCCCACCGCAAACCACUUUUUAAACCAUCUCAUCCACCUCCAGCAGAAUCAGCGUUCACGUCACAGAAAACUACACAAAAACUACAGUAACCCACCAAUCGGUGAUAAGAAAGAUCAUGCUACUUCUGCUGAUAUAAACCUGGCCUUGAAGUUGGGAAUGAAGGAUGCUGAUGAGUGGGGAAACCAAUUUGAUGCCUAUCGAAUUCUAGCUCAAAAGGAAAAGAGAAUGGUGCUCUCUGAAUAUGGAAUAUUGUUUUUAUUGAUUGAUCAAGGAUUCAAAACUGCACAGGAAGCAGUUGAUGAGGGAUAUUGGUUAUUGCAAAAUGGAAAGGUUUUAGAAGUUAAGCAGAACAAUCUUUCGGUCCUCUUAUCCAAAUCGUGUGGAUCUGAAAAAUGUUAUGGAGAUUCGAAAUAA